AUGAAAAAAGAUAUUACUAUUAUAAUUGCUGCUUCUAUAAAUCUUAUUGGCAUUAUUACUACAAAUGCAUCAGUAAUAAAAAUUACUAAUGCAAAUAUAAUAGAAACAAUUAGUAGCAGUUCUAAUGUUGAGAAUGCAAAUAUUAUUACUUUAAAUGCUGCUAAAACAACUGUUAAUACUAUAAAUAUAGCAGAAAUGUCUAUUAUGACAACAGAUAUAGUGAGAAUAAAUGCUCAAAUACCUUUAGCUACUGUUCUCUAUGAAGUUGAUUAUAAGCUUUUAUGA